AAACUUCUUGAGUAUGUGGCAAGUUAUGGGUUUGAUACCUCUAUCCCUUAUCUAAAGUAGUUCCAGUGAAUACUGUUCUGCUUGCUAGUGCAUUUUUCAUCUAGUUUAUUCUUCUUGAGUUGAAUCGUUGUAAGUUAUCUGAUCACAGGAAGUUAAUGAACUCACUCUGUUUUGGAAAACCUUUGGUAAAAGUGGGCGUAAGGUUAUUCCUAUGUGUAACUGGUGUAGCCAUGUUGAAUUAAAGAUUGAUAAUAUCCAUGGUGUUGGAGGUGGAAGUGAUUGUUUAGCUUUCCUGAGGGGUCAAUAGGGUAAUUUAAAGAAGAUUAAGUAUUUAGUUGAAGCUAUUUUAUAAUAACCAAGAUGUCUCAAAUAUUACCGAUACGCUUCCAAGAACAUUUACAGCUUUCGAGCGUAGGAAUAAACCCAACUAGUGUAGGCUUUAACACAUUAACAAUGGAGUCUGAUAAGUUCAUUUGUGUUCGAGAAAAAGUUGGAGAAACUUCUCAAGUUGUGAUAAUAGAUUUAAAUGAUACUGCUAAUCCAAUAAGAAGACCUAUUUCAGCUGAUUCAGCCAUCAUGAAUCCAGCUAGUAAAGUAAUAGCACUGAAGGGAAAAGCUGGUCCUGAUGGAUCAACUACUCAGAAAACACUGCAGAUUUUUAAUAUUGAAAUGAGAAGUAAGAUGAAAGCACACACAAUGACAGAUGAAGUAGUUUUUUGGAAAUGGAUAUCCCUUAAUACGCUUGCUUUAGUUACUGAAACAUCUGUUUAUCAUUGGAGCAUGGAAGGUGAUUCACAACCAGUAAAAAUGUUCGAUAGACAUUCUAGUCUGAAUGGUUGUCAAAUUAUUAAUUACAGAACAGAUCCUAAACAAACCUGGCUUUUAUUAAUUGGAAUCUCUGCUCAGCUAAAUCGUGUAGUUGGGGCUAUGCAAUUAUAUUCAGUAGAGCGCAAAUGCUCACAGCCCAUUGAAGGCCAUGCUGCAUCAUUUGCCCAGUUUAAAAUGGAAGGAAACCCUGAUGUAUCUACUUUAUUUUGCUUCGCUGUUCGAACACUUCAAGGAGGAAAGCUUCACAUAAUUGAGGUUGGACAGCCUCCUACAGGAAACCAGUCCUUCUCCAAAAAAGCAGUUGAUGUAUUUUUUCCAGUAGAAGCCCAAAAUGAUUUUCCAGUUGCUAUGCAGGUUAGCUCUAAGUAUGAUGUAAUCUAUCUUAUAACAAAGUAUGGAUACAUUCAUUUGUAUGAUUUGGAAACAGCUACCUGUAUUUACAUGAACCGUAUUAGUAUUGAUACUAUAUUUGUCACUGCUCCUCAUGAAUCAACUGGUGGUAUCAUUGGUGUGAAUAGAAAAGGCCAGGUGCUAUCAGUGAGCGUUGAAGAGGACCACAUAAUCCCAUAUAUCAACAAUAUAUUACAAAAUCCUGAUCUAGCAUUACGCAUGGCUGUUAGAAAUAACCUAGCUGGAGCUGAAGAUUUGUUUGUUAAAAAAUUCAAUAUGCUUUUCCAAAAUGGACAGUAUGCUGAGGCUGCUAAAGUGGCUGCAAAUGCACCCAAGGGAAUUCUCCGAACUCCUCAAACAAUUCAGCAGUUCCAGCAAAUACCAAAUCCACAAGGUCAAACAUCCCCCCUCCUUCAGUAUUUCGGAAUUUUGCUUGAUCAGGGUCAAUUGAAUAAGUAUGAAUCCUUGGAAUUAUGCAGACCUGUUUUGGCUCAAGGAAGAAAGCAAUUAUUGGAAAAAUGGCUGAAAGAAGACAAACUUGAAUGCUCUGAAGAGCUUGGAGAUUUGGUGAAACAAACAGAUCCAACUCUUGCUCUCUCAGUUUAUUUAAGAGCUAAUGUUCCCAACAAGGUUAUACAAUGCUUUGCUGAAACUGGACAAUUUCAAAAAAUUGUAUUAUAUGCGAAAAAAGUAGGUUAUUCGCCAGACUACAUUUUCCUGCUCCGAAAUGUAAUGCGUGUUAAUCCUGAUCAAGGUGUUAGCUUUGCUCAAAUGCUUGUUCAAGAUGAAGAACCACUGGCUGAUAUAAAUCAGAUUGUUGAUAUACUAAUGGAGCAAAACAUGGUACAGCAGUGCACAGCAUUCCUUUUGGAUGCCCUUAAAAAUAAUCGGCCUUCUGAAGGCCCAUUACAAACUAGGCUUCUUGAAAUGAAUUUAAUUUCUGCUCCUCAGGUUGCUGAUGCUAUACUUGGGAACCAAAUGUUUACACACUAUGAUAGAGCCCAUAUUGCUCAGCUUUGUGAGAAGGCUGGUCUACUCCAAAGAGCAUUAGAACAUUAUACAGAUCUUUAUGAUAUAAAACGAGCUGUUGUUCACACUCAUCUUCUUGGCCCUGAUUGGCUCGUGGGUUAUUUUGGUACCCUUUCCGUUGAAGAUUCUCUUGAGUGUCUGAAAGCCAUGUUAACAGCAAAUAUUCGACAGAAUUUAAAUAUAUGUGUUCAGAUUGCAACUAAGUACCAUGAACAGCUGACAACCAAGGCUUUGAUAGAUCUUUUUGAAUCAUUCAAAAGUUAUGAGGGAUUGUUUUAUUUCCUGGGCUCAAUAGUUAAUUUCAGUCAAGAUCAAGAAGUUCAUUUUAAAUACAUUCAGGCAGCAUGUAAAACAGGACAAAUAAAAGAAGUUGAACGAAUUUGCCGUGAAUCUAAUUGCUAUAAUCCAGAGAGAGUAAAAAAUUUUUUGAAGGAAGCAAAAUUGACAGAUCAAUUACCACUUAUUAUUGUUUGUGAUCGAUUUGAUUUUUGUCAUGAUUUGGUUUUAUAUUUAUACAGAAAUAAUUUGCAAAAGUAUAUUGAAAUUUAUGUACAAAAGGUCAAUCCUUCUCGUUUACCUGUUGUAAUAGGAGGAUUAUUAGAUGUUGAUUGCUCUGAAGACAUUAUUAAAAAUUUGAUGAUGGUUGUUAGAGGUCAGUUUUCAACUGAGGAGCUUGUUGCAGAAGUAGAAAAGCGGAAUAGAUUGAAACUUUUGCUUCCUUGGUUGGAAACUCGUGUUCAUGAAGGCUGUGUUGAGCCUGCUACUCAUAAUGCUCUAGCAAAGAUAUAUAUUGAUAGUAACAAUAAUCCAGAACGAUUCUUAAGGGAAAAUCAGUAUUAUGAUAGCUGUGUUGUAGGAAAGUACUGUGAAAAACGAGAUCCACAUUUGGCUUGUGUAGCCUACGAAAGAGGUCAAUGUGAUAGAGAGCUCAUAAAUGUUUGUAAUGAAAAUUCCCUCUUUAAAUCAGAAGCCAGGUACUUGGUUAGACGUAAAGAUCCUGAAUUAUGGGCUGAAGUUCUUAAUGAAAACAAUCCUUACAAGAGACCAUUAAUCGAUCAGGUUGUUCAGACUGCUCUUUCAGAAACUCAAGAUCCUGAAGAUAUUAGUGUUACUGUCAAGGCUUUUAUGACUGCAGAUUUACCUAAUGAACUUAUUGAACUUCUAGAAAAAAUAGUUCUUGAUAAUUCAAUAUUUAGUGACCACAGGAAUCUACAAAAUCUCCUCAUUCUUACUGCUAUAAAAGCAGACCGAUCAAGAGUCAUGGAAUAUAUUAAUCGUUUAGAUAAUUAUGAUGCUCCUGAUAUAGCAAAUAUUGCUAUCAAUUAUCAAUUAUAUGAAGAAGCAUUUGCAAUAUUCAAAAAGUUUGAUGUUAACACUUCUGCUAUCCAGGUUUUAAUUGAAAAUGUGAACAAUCUUGAUAGAGCCUAUGAAUUUGCUGAACGUUGUAACGAACCAGCUGUGUGGAGUCAAUUAGCCAAAGCUCAACUGCAACAUGGCCUUGUGAAAGAAGCAAUUGAUUCAUUCAUAAAAGCUGAUGACCCUUCUGCUUAUGUUGAUGUUGUUGAGACAGCUCACAAAACAGAAAGCUGGGAGGAUUUAGUUCGUUAUUUACAAAUGGCAAGAAAAAAGGCUAGAGAAUCUUAUAUUGAAAGUGAGCUAAUUUAUGCUUAUGCUCGCACCAACCGAUUGGCUGAUCUUGAAGAAUUUAUCUCAGGUCCAAAUCAUGCUGAUAUUCAAAAGAUUGGUGAUAGGUGUUUUGAUGAUAAGAUGUAUGAACCUGCUAAACUGCUUUAUAACAAUGUUUCAAAUUUUGCUAGACUAGCUAUUACAUUGGUCCAUCUAAAAGAAUUUCAAGGAGCUGUGGACAGUGCAAGAAAAGCAAACAGUACAAGAACUUGGAAAGAAGUCUGUUUUGCUUGUGUGGAUAGUGAAGAAUUCAGAUUAGCCCAAAUGUGUGGUUUGCACAUUGUGGUCCAUGCAGAUGAACUAGAAGAUCUGAUCAAUUAUUACCAGGACCGAGGAUAUUUUGAAGAGCUUAUAAAUCUGUUAGAAGCAGCACUUGGGUUAGAACGUGCUCAUAUGGGCAUGUUCACAGAAUUAGCUAUUCUGUAUUCUAAAUACAAACCAGCCAAAAUGAGGGAACAUUUAGAAUUAUUUUGGUCUCGAGUUAACAUUCCAAAGGUCUUGAGAGCUGCUGAGCAAGCUCAUUUAUGGGCAGAGUUAGUUUUCUUAUACGAUAAAUAUGAAGAGUAUGACAAUGCUGUAUCUGCAAUGAUGAACCAUCCUACUGAGGCUUGGAGAGAAGGCCAUUUUAAAGACAUAAUUACUAAGGUUGCGAACAUUGAACUAUAUUACAAAGCUAUUCAAUUUUAUUUGGAUUACAAACCUCUCCUUUUAAAUGAUAUGUUGUUGGUAUUAGCUCCAAGAAUGGACCAUACUAGAGCAGUGAAUUUCUUUGCAAAGGUAAACCAUUUACAGUUGGUCAAGCCUUAUCUUCGCUCAGUACAAUCAUUAAACAAUAAAGCAAUAAAUGAAGCUCUGAAUAAUCUUUUAAUUGAAGAAGAAGACUUUCAGGGUGUUAGAACAUCAAUUGAUGCUUUUGAUAAUUUUGAUAAUAUUGUAUUAGCUCAAAAGCUAGAAAAGCAUGAGUUGAUUGAAUUUAGAAGGAUAGCAGCAUAUCUGUAUAAAGGAAAUAACCGAUGGAAGCAGAGUGUUCAAUUAUGCAAGAAGGAUAGACUGUUCAAGGAUGCAAUGGAAUAUGCUGCGGAAUCAAAGAAUUCAGAAGUUGCUGAAGAACUUUUAGCAUGGUUUUUAGAAAAAGGAAAUCAUGACUGUUUUGCUGCUUGUUUGUUCCAAUGUUAUGAUCUUCUUCAUCCUGAUGUUAUUCUGGAACUUGCAUGGCGACAUAAUAUCAUGGAUUUUGCUAUGCCAUAUAUUAUUCAAGUGACAAGAGAGUAUAUUACCAAGGUUGAUAAAUUAGAAGAAUCCGAAGCAAGAAGGUUAGAAGAAAGAGCAGAGCAAGAUCAUAAACCUAUGAUGAUGCCGGAGCCCCAACUAAUGUUAACUGCUGGCCCAGGAAUGAUAGGACCUGGUUUUUCUCCUGCUUAUCCUAACACUUUUACCACUGGCAUGCCUUAUCAAGGUUAUGGCAUGUAGGUAAUAUCAAAUGUGAUCAACUCCUCCGUAUUAUGCAACUAAAGUGAAUGGUCUAACAUCCAUCCAGCCUAAUGAAAACUGAUAUGUAUGUGAAAUAAGAAAUAAAUCAGUCUAUAGUUGCUAUAGAGGUUGUUUUUGUUUUAUCAACACAUGAUCUAAUUCAAGGCCUCUUAUACUGUGGUUCUGUCUUCAUUAAAAAAUAAAUUGUAUAAAGUUUAAUACUGCCUUCAUAAGUGUGCUUUUAAUGAAUAUCAUGCGCAUAUAAACUUUGUAAAAAUCUAUAUGUAUGUUAUGAUAUUUCUGUUGAUAUUCAUAAAACUUAUUUAGUCCUGGAUGGUAAAGUUAGCGUCAACUUAUGAUUAGUUAACGGAUAUUCUAUUCCGUUACUACAUAUAUUUUUUAUAGUAUUUAAUGAAUUUGUUAACUAUUUAAGUUUAUGUUAUGCAUUCCAUUUCUUCACACAUAUACACAUACAUAGACUCACAUUUACACAUAAUGUGUAUGUGUGUAAUUAUGUGUUCUAGAGAAUAGAAACACUAACUAUUUAUUGUGGUAUUAUAUUGUUAGCUUGUGUGAAUAUUUGUUUUAUUAGUAAAAUGAUUUACUGCUACAUUUGAAAAAUUGUUUAUAUAUUUAAAUUAUGAGUUUAUCUAAUUUUUGUGUUUCAAUGCUAUGUUACUUUUUUUAUUAGUUAUCUCUUGAAUUACUAUGUUAUUUAGGUGUAUUAUUAUUAGUACCAACAUGCAAAAUAUGCACUAUAGUUCAACAUAAUAAAUAGACCUUAUGGAAAUAUGUAAAGAUUGAAAAAUAUACUCUCUAUUAUUAGAAUCAAAUUGUAUUAAAAAAAAUAUAUAAGUAAUUGUUAAUGGUUAUUAUAUCUUAUGGAUGUAAUGAGUCCAAAGAGGAGAAAGAUCAGUUAUGUAGAGCAACUCUCUGGCUUCAUGUCCAGAUAUGUUUUUGUAUCAUAUAAUUUACAUUGCUUUCAUUGUGUUUUUGUUUUCUUUUAAAGUAUAUAAAUGUUUGCUGGAUAUGAAGAUAGAGUCAAAAGUUGAAUUUAAUAAUUAUUUUAAUUUUAUAAUUUAAUUUUAAAAAAUAAAUACACAUUAUAUUUUGUUUAUCAGUGGGUAGAGUAACUUGAUUUAUUGGCAUGUGCCUUAUUUAAAUGGACAUUUAUUCCAUCUUAUGAUGGGUGUGAAUAUCAUAAAACCUGCAUAACGUUUAUUAUUAACAUCAUGAAGAAAUUACUCUCAUUUUAUUUUUAAAUAAUAUUAUUUAUGCAAUGCAUUAAAAAAGUAAAAAAAUAAUUUAUUUUCAUUCAUUAAAAUUUUAAUUGAUUAUUUGUUUCAGUUAAAAUCCAUUAUUUUUGUCAUCCCAUUUGUCUUGUGAUUAUUAACCUUCUUAUUUUAAGAUAUCAUUACUUGAUUACUAUUGUUACAUCACCCUUUGGAAUGAAUAUAAUACAAAGGAUGUAGCAAUGUGCCAAAAAAUUAAAUACCAUAUAUGAAUAUGGCUAACAAAAAUUAAAUGUUAAGAUAUAUAAUAUCUUCCCAUUCUAUCUGUAGUUAUUUUAAGAAAUAGAACAUUCACAGAAAUUCUUUCCCUUGCUUUUUUUUUUUUUUUUUUUUUAUUGAAUUGAAUGUGAUGAGAAACUAUUUUUUAGUUUAUUUAAAAAAAAAACAUUCACUAUUUGUGAUUUUUAAAAGAAUAUUUAAAUGAAAGUUAGUAUAAAUUAUAGCUUUUAGUUAUUUAGGCAAUAAUCUGGUUUUGUCAUUGUAUUAAUGUCCAAUUUUACAAAGAAAAUACAUAGUUAACAUUUAUCUUUUGAGUAUAUCAUGAGAAAGAUUUUCUUUGAUUGAGUGGCCUAUUGUAUAUUUAAAUUUUAUUGGUUUUUAAUAAUGUUGCACUUUUUGCAUUUAUAAUUGUUAAUGUUUCUGACCUGGGAUUGGGCUUAUUUUACGUGGUGAUAGGAAACAAAAGCUAUUGGAUGUACAUAUUUUAAUGUUUUCAGCUCAAAUUUUUGUUUUAUGAUUAUUUUUUACUCUUUUAUCUUUUAUCUCUUGAUUAUGACAGAGUUUAAAUGAAAAAAAUGAUCUGACAAAGUGGACAUGAAGUUUUAUUUUUUAAAUUUUAAUUAUCUAUAAAGAAAUUGAUUGUAAUUUAUGAAUCAUCCGCCAUUUUUUGCUUUUCAAUGGUUAUCCCAAUCAAAUGAAUGUUUGAUAAGCAAAGUUUUACUGUAUUUAUUCAACAUCAAUAUAGAAUGGUUAAUCAUAAUAAUAAAAGGCUUAGAGCUUGAAGGUUCAGUGUUGAUACCACUAAUCUCUGUCUUCAUACCUUCGUUUACCAAACCAUGUCUAAACCCCUAUCUACUAGAAUAGCAUUAGUACAAUCCUUCCAUCUAUGUUUCAGUCUACCCCGCCCCCCCAGAUUUUUGCCAUUGUGUAUAGCUUUAGC